AUGGCAUCAAAAUUAUUCAAUCGAUCACGUCCUAUGAAUUUCGACGUGAAUCCUUCACCUGAAACAUUUUAUCAUAUUCCAAUCAGUCCUAGUGAGCCUGGCAAAUUCGAUUUUUAUAGAGUGCAUCUCACUAAUCAAGACUGUCAUUCGAAUUCAAUAUUCUCUGAUAAUUCUGAUGUUCCCACGCUUUUUGCGCAAUCAUCGACUGCAAACAGACGGUGGUCACCAUUUGCUGACAUUGUUACAUCGAAUCAAUCGAAAUCUUCAGUAUCGACGAGUUCAUCGUCAUUAAAUUCAAUUGUUACCUUAAAUUCCCAAACAAUAAGUUCUAGUGUUAUGUCGAAUACUAGUAAUACACAAAAUGAAACAAUGCAAUCUGUCGCAUCGUUUCCAUCAUUAACUGAUAUUGUUAAAAAUGCAAUGAGUAAAACUCAAGUAAAAUCAUCUUUAAAUCAAAUACGACGACCAACUAGGGGAACAACAUUAUCCACCAAGGAUCUUAAUCAUUUAUCUCCUCAGUCAAUGUGA